AUGAUUUCUCGUUGUUGUAGCAUUCAGUUGCAGGUCCGCCAUCUGUUGCAUUUUAUCGAAGUUGAAAAUUUGCAUGACACUGGUUCUCCAGUAAGCAGUGAGGAUCGCGAUCGAUUGUGGUCCUCCAUUGAAGAGCUACAGGGUGUGAAUCAAAAACUGAUGGCCGAAUUGCGCACAAUAAAUACAAAACAAAAUCUUGGUUCUAAAAUCGCGAGUACCGAAGAACUGGGCCUCACCGAAACGCUAGAUGACGUGAUGAAAGAACUGAGUCUUCUCAAGGACCAAAAUUCGCAGCUGUCGAAGGAACGUGACAUGUACAAGCAAGCCGUUAAGGGAGAAAAAACGCUGGAUGAGUACUUGCUCACAAAACGGGUACAGGAAUAUGAGUUGGAGAAUUCGUCACUGCGUACUCAAUGUGAUCAGGCGAUAAAGAGCUUGGAACUAUUUCGUAAAGAAAAGCAUCGUGAAGCGAAUGUCAUGCAAACACGCUUCGGUCAGCUGACAGCGUCAAUUUUUGAAUUACGAGAAACAAAUGGAAAACUGGAAGCGGACGUUGAAUUGCAAAAUCAGACACAGCAGAUGCUCGCAAAAGAAUUGGAUUACAACGCAAAACAGCUCGGAUUAAUGCGCGAAAAAUGUGCAAAAAUGGAAGCAGAGCACAAAAUUGCUGCCGAAAAGCGCAGAAAAUUGCAGGAGGAAUUGGCUGAAGCAGAAGGGGAAAUUGCCAAUUAUAAAGUUAACAUCGAGGAGCUCACGGAGCAGCUGUCGCAGACGCGCAGUGCCGAAGCGCAGUUACAGCAGGAAUUGCAACUUUUACGAGAAUCCAACUACACCAGUGAAAAAGUGUCCCUUGUCGUAAAGCAGCUGGAGAAACGGUUAGAAUUCAGUAAUGAAGAAAAAGUGAAGAAUCUGGAGGACCAGUUGAUUCUUGCUAAAAAUGAAAACGAGUCGUUGAAGAAGUAUGUUUGCGAGAUUUCAGAGCAGCAUCGACAAAUUGGUUCGGAUUUCAAGAUGACGAUGAGCGGUUUAAAAACGGAGCGCGAACUGGCUGUAGCAGAGAAGAAAUCAGCGGAGGAGCUACUGAGUCGGAAAGAAAAGGAAGUGAUUGAACUGCAAGAAAAAUAUGAAAACCUGAUCAGUCAGCUGAAUUCGACAAAUUUAUCUGCAGAUGUUACGGAUGGUGGUUGUAUCGGAGAAAUCCAGCAGAUUCGCAAUCGUAACAGCUAUUUGGAGAAUCAGUUGAAGGAAUUGAUGAAAAAACUUGAAGGUCUGCUCAUCGUUUUUCUGAGUCUUGUUGCGGAACAGAACAGUUUACGAACAGUGCUGGAUUUGGUAAGGGAGCAAUACGCAGAGAGUCUGAUGAAAGUGGAGAGUCAACAAGCGCAGAUUGGAGCGGUGAAGCAGCAGGCGCGUGAGCAAGACAACAUUAUGGCGCGGCAUAAAAUGGCCAUGCAAACCGAGCUGCAUUGCCUGGAGGAGCGUCUGAGCAAUGAAAAUAUGUUGAGGGCGAAAAUGGAGUCUCGUGUUGAAGAGCUGGAAGCGAGCAAAGCGGAUAUACUUGCCGAAAAAGAGAUAGAGGAGGAUCAAGGCAUUAGACUCAGUGGAAAAGUCAAGGAACUCGAGCAGGAAAUGCUUCUGAAGGAGGACGAAUUUGUAAAUAUGAAAAAUAGCGUUGUGGAACUGGAGCAGAAAUGUAAAGAUAUCGAACAAAGCUGCGCGUCACAAGUUGCGUUGCUGCUCAUUGAGAAAAGCGGAGUUGAGGAGGAGCUGUGUAUGGCGAAUUUAGUUAUUGAAAAGCAAAAACAGGAACUCGAGAUUAUGAGUGAAGGCGAUACUGACUAUACUGAUGCUGAUGAUAAAAGCAGAUCAGAAACGAUUGCUGCUUUACGUAAAACAAUCGAAUAUUUACAAAGUGAAAAACAACAGGCUGUAGAGAAGAUGAUGAACACCGAGUUACAACUGAGGCAGUUACAAACGCAACGAGCUGUUGACAAAGAACGACGUCUCAAGCUUGAACAAGAAAUGGAAGAAGCUCGAGAUCAGGCUGAAUCUAAUAUGCGUAGAACUGCGGAGCAAUGUGAGAUGAUGGCGCGGCUGGCGCUGGUGGAGAAUGUACGGACGGAGAACGUGUCUUUGAAAAAUCAAAAUGAAGAACUGACACGAUGCUAUGAGCGGCUGUCAAAAACUGCCGAGUCAUGGAAGGAAAUGCACAGACAUGCAGUGGCAUCAUUGAGCAAGUGCGGUCCCGAAGGAGUUGCUGACUUGAUGUAA